AUGAAAAUUAUAAUAAUUGUAUUACUGACGAUAAGACAAGCAUAUUUUUUUGAACUCAAUUUGACUAAUCACAUCAAUAAAGGAUUUAUAGCCAAUGGCGAAAAAUAUGAUGCUAAAAAGUAUCCUUUCGUAGUCUAUAUUUACGCAACCAUUCGUCAUCCAGAUGGCAGUGUCAAUAGGCCAGGUUGCACAGGUUCAUUGGUGAAACAAUUUUACGUAUUGACCGCUGCUCACUGUCUUGCAAAGAAGAAUAAAAGGAAAGAACCAGCAGAAAAAACUGAUGCAAGUUUAUUUCUAGUGUACCUGGGAUCAUUUAACAAAAAAAUUACUCGAAAAGUAGCCGAGACAUACGUACCAGAAGGAUAUUUAGAUUAUACGAAGAAUAAAAGUGCACCACAAAUGAGUGACAUAGCUGUGAUGAGACUAGAAAAACCAUUCAAAGAUGUCAAUAUUUUUUUAAAAAUUGGUGGCAAACCGAAAGACUUUGAAAAUACAGCCCUAGAAUGUACAUGUAUUGGAUUUGGUCUAGUAAAUACAACAACAACAGAUUUAAAUGGAAGAAUGAUGACCACUAGUGUCAACUUUGGUCGAACGGCCUGUAGAGGAUAUGAUAACGAUGAUAUUUCAUUGCGUUGGCGUGAAUAUUUGUGUUCGAUUGCGGGCCGUCUGACGAUGAUAUGUCCCGGAGACAGCGGUGGUCCAAUGAUUUGCAAUGGCAUGCUUUAUGGAGUAUGCAGUUUUUUUUUUAACCACAGAGCUGGACAAACUGUAUGUGGUGGUCCUGACAUACAGACUGUGCACACGUUUAUAUACACUCAUUUAACAUUUGUAAAUAGUAUAAUAGAUCCGGAUGCAAAUAAGAAGAAUGAGAAGGAGAAGAAGAAGAAGAAGAAGAAGAAGAAAAAGAAUAAGAAGGGUUCCGGGAAUUUGAUCAAACCUCACCUUAUAAUACAUACGAUUUUAACAAUAUUAUUGUAUAGUGUGUUGACCAUUAUUUUAAAAUAA